UCUUUCCCCCAGUAACAGUCUAGAGAGAGAAACAGCCAAAUCCACGCACACACUUCUCAGUUUCGUGCACCGAAAAAGAAAGAGAGAGUGACAAAGAAAAUUGACGAAUGAAUGACAAAGCUAAGUGGAGAAUACAAGUCAAUAAAGCAGUUGGUGAAUUAAUGGUGGAAAGGGUAAUUUCGUCACUUUGCUCUCCGUUGGUGGCGCCGCCGCUCCAGAUGUGGUUGUCGGAUUAACUCUCACCGGUGUUGCCUUGGCCGCCGGCGAUGCCUUGGCCACAGGUUUAUUCGAUGAAAGCUCUAAAACGAGGACAAACUUCGUCGAAAUCUUCCUUGCCUUCAUCAUCAUCUUCAAAUACGUCUUCGUCUUCACCAUCUUCGUCCUGGAUUUAUUUGAGAUCGGUUCUAUAUGUUGUAGCUUCAUCAUCCCCAGCUUCGUGUUCUUCUUCUUCAACCGAUCGGGGUCAUCUUAAAUCGCCAUGGUCGCGCAGAAAAAGAAAACACAUACUAUCGCCUCGUCAAUGGAGAAAUUUGUUCACAUCAGAUGGAAAACUUCGUGAUGGUGGAGUGAAAUUUCUGAAGAAAGUUCGCAGUGGAGGGGUUGAUCCAAGCAUCAAGGCGGAGGUUUGGCCAUUUCUUCUUGGAGUCUAUGACCUAUCCUGUUCCAAAGAAGAAAGAGAUGUUAUAAAAACUCAGAAAAGAAAGGAAUAUGAGAAACUACGGAGAAAGUGUCUCCAUCUUCUUAAACAUAAUAAUGAUCUCUUUAAGUUAAAUGAAACUAGUGAAGCAAGCAAUGGUGACAGUGGAAAUCUUAUUGAAGGUAUUGAUUCCCCCAGCUCUGAAUACGUUGUGAGCGCCAGAGAAUCCUUUUCUAGUGAGGAAAGGUUUUCCUAUGAUGAGGACUCUGGUCACCACACUAACACACUUACGGAUGGAUGUGCUGAUUCUAAACAAGUCACGUAUCCAAAUGACAUCACAUUCUCUGAGUCUUCGUACUCAGACUCAUCAGAAGACCCCGACUCAAGUCAAACUUUCAACUUCACAGAAAACGGGGAAGAGAAUGAUCGAGAUAUCCCCUUGAUGGAGGAUUCUUCUCCCUCAAAGAUGGAGGUCCAGUCAGAAUCCUGUAGUGCAGAAGAUAUUGCCACCUGGCAGCGAAUAAUCCGCCUUGAUGCUGUCCGUGCUAGUGGUGAAUGGAUAGCAUACUCUCCAGUUCAGGCUGCAGUGUCAGAAGGCAGAGCACGCUGUUCUGCUGAGGUUGUUGGAUUGAAGGAUUAUGAUCACCUUGAGCCCUGUAGGAUGUUCCAUGCUGCCCGUUUAGUUGCCAUUCUUGAAGCCUAUGCACUUUAUGACCCCGAAAUUGGCUAUUGUCAGGGAAUGAGCGAUCUGCUCUCCCCCAUAAUCACUGUUAUGACAGAGGACCAUGAAGCUUUCUGGUGUUUUGUAGGUUUCAUGAAGAAGGCUCGUCAUAAUUUCAGGCUUGAUGAAGAAGGAAUCAGAAGACAACUGAACAUUGUUUCUAGAAUUAUCAAGUUUAAGGAUUCACAUCUUUUUAGACACUUGGAAAAACUCCAGGCCGAGGAUUGCUUUUUUGUGUACAGAAUGGUGGUGGUGCUCUUUAGACGGGAACUGACUUUUGAACAAACUCUCUGUCUUUGGGAGAUCAUGUGGGCCGACCAGGCUGCAAUUCGAGCUGGAAUUGGGAAGGCCGCAUGGAGCAGGAUUAGGCAGCGAGCCCCACCAACAGAUGAUCUCUUGCUUUAUGCAAUUGCAGCCUCUGUACUGCAGAGGAGGAAACAAAUCCUCGAGAAGUAUAAUAGCAUGGAUGAUAUUUUGAGGGAGUGCAAUGCAAUGGCCGGGCAUCUUGAUGUAUGGAAGCUUCUGGACGAUGCGCACAACUUGGUGGUAACCCUCCAUGACAAGAUCGAGACGCCUUUGUGAUGUGUGGAUGUUCACUUCGCUAAUUUAUUCACUUUGAUUUCCCAGCUUUAACUUGUCAAAAGUGUCCAGUAAGUCUCUUGGACACGAAUUUAGACGAUGAGAAAAAAAAUCAGGUUGCUGGCUACUUUACUCGGUGGGGGAUUCUAACUUAUAUAAAACAUCUUUGUACUUGAGAUGUGAUUUUUUGAGUUGAAUGCAGUGGAUGGUGAACUAAAAUUGUUGAUACUGAUAUAUGAAUUGACUAGUACUCUAUCUGUACGUUAGGAGGAUUAUAUUUUUUAUUUUUACUUUUUUUCCUUAAAGAAAUGUGUGCUCAGUGUUUGAAUUUGUAAAUCCUUACAAUAGUUUUGAUUGCAAUUGGAUUGAUAAGUGAUGGAUUUGAAUA